AUGUUCGCCUCGACACCGACUCCGAAGCCAGGCUCUUCGCUGUUAUCUUCUCGAGAUACUCCAUCUUCCGCCGACGAUACUACUCUGGUUACUUAUGAGUCUGUGACUAGCGUCCUUGUGACUCAACUGAUGCCAUCUGCGGAAAUGUUCAAGACUUUAGUACAUGACUCCGCCUCUACAUUAACCCUGACCUCUACGUCGACUAUUUGCGCUACAUGCAAGACUACUGACACUGCUACUCCAACUACACUUUCAACGUCGACUAUCAGCCUUUUCUCCGCUUACAACCCCCUCACAUCCUCAUCACCCUCCCAACCAUUCUCCCCAUCAUCCCCCUCCUGCCCCGAAAUCGUCCCCCGCUGCAUAAACACCUGGCUCGAUUCUGUCCCCAAAUGCUCCUCCAACAGCGACGUAUCCUGCUUCUGCCCGAAGUCCUCAUUCACAAACCACGUGAUCGGCUGUAUUCAGUCAUGGGCGGGGUCCGAGGAGGAGGUUUCCGCGGGGAUAGGAUAUUUCGUGGGGAUUUGCGCGGGGUAUGUUAGUGAGAACCCGGGGAUUGUCACGGGGGUCCCGGGGAGUGUUAGUAUUGCGCCGGUUACGGGGACGGCGACGGGGGAUGUAUCGGCAACGGCAGUUUCAUAUGGAACGCGGACGCUCACUGUUCCAGAGGUCUCCUUUACAACUGACGCCGCUGCCUCUGCCUCUGGUUCACAAGUACAGCUAGUCCCCGGGGCGCCCGCGACUACUCUCUCCUCGUCUGCCACAAGCACGACCUCCUCGACAACACAGACUCCCUGGUCGCCGACGUGGAUUACUUCUACUACUAGCGACGGCUCGUCUUCUGCAACGCCGAGUUCGACGCAUACUGGAAGAGCCUCGAAGGUCGAAGUUGGGAGGGGAUUGGGAGUGGGUGUUGUUGGGGUUGUUUUUGCGGGGUUGUUGUUCUGA